AUCCACAGACAGAGAGAGAGAGAGUGAGAGGCGGAGAGAUCAUUUCUUAAGAGAGAAUGCUCGGAAAAGUAGAGAGAGAGAAGGCAUUUGUGGAGAAUGGAAGCGUAUUACUGGAGAAGUUAAUUGCCUCUUGUAAUAGCAGGUGUAUUCCCAUCCGUAGCUUCUCCAUCGAAGAGCUUCUGAAGGCCACGAACAACUUCGAUCCUCACCUUCUUUUUCGCGAAGAUGGGUCGUAUCAAUGGUACAAUGGGUCUCUCGAAGGUAGACUCAUUUCCGUUAAGAAGUACAGAAAGAUUGGAUACGCAAAAGAACUGGACUUUCCCUUCACCGAUUUGGUUAUCUGUGCAAAGAUGUGUGCCCACAAGAAUGUUCUUAAGCUCAUAGGAUGCUGUCUUGAGACUCCAUCUCCCGUUUUAGUCUACGAAUCUGCUGAAAAUGGAACCCUUUCCGAUCGAAUUUAUGCCUCUAAACCACAAGCUCGACCUAUGCCAUGGCAGUGCAAGCUAAAGGUUGCAAGGGAGAUUGCUCAUGCUAUUGCAUAUCUCCACACUGCCUUCUCCAGACCCAUUAUUCAUAGGGAUAUAAAACCACACAACAUCUUCUUUGACCAACGUGACAUUCCCAAACUAUCUGAUUUUUCAAUUUCUGUUGCAAUCCCAGAGGGUGAAUUUGAGGUGGAAGACGAUAUUCUUGGGGCUUAUGGUUUCAUAUGCCCCAGGUAUGCUGUUACGGGCGUUGUGACGGAAAAAAGCGAUGUCUAUAGCUUUGGAACGCUUCUGUUGGAGCUUGUAACUGGAAAAACUUUCAUGGAUCUAUACCAAACAGCUUCUGGUUUUAAGAACUUUGAAGACUACAUAAGAGAAAACAUUGUAAAGACGAUUGUCGAAUCUGCAAUCCAGGCAGGGGAAGGAGAAGCUGGUCUGGAGCAGCAAUUGCAAGCCUCACUGCAGCUUGCCCUGAUAUGCAGAGAUGAGAAUCCAGAGUUUAGGCCAACCAUGAUUGAUGUUUCAAAAGAACUAAGACGGAUUGAGAGGUCCAUUCCAUAAUUAUUUUCUCAUUUUGGUAUAUUUCAAAUUUCUUUGGUGCCAUCCAGUGGACCAGUACAGAGAGAAUAAUGAGCUGUGUUUGGAUGUGAAGCUAAGCUCAGUUGAAUUUUUUUAUGAAUAAUAGUGAAUUGAGUUGAGAUAAUAAAGUGAGUUAUAUGGGCCGUCGAAGAUGAAUUUCAAUAUAUUUAAAUGUUAAAAUGAGUUUAGUAUUAUUUAUAGAAAGUUUAAAAAUGUAUGAGACUCACCAAUAA